AUGUGUGCAUGGUGCUGGAGGUUCUGGGCCACCAGCUCCUCAAGUGGAUCAUUAAGUCCAACUACCAGGGGCUGCCGCUGCUGUGUGUCAAGAGCAUCCUGCGCCAAUGAGCUCGGCUCCCCAGGAGAUCCUGGGCUCAAGGCCUUCACGGGCCCGGCGGAAGCGGCAGCGCCGACGCCGGCAGCGGCAGGGGCAGCUUCUGGCGGAGCGACUGCGGGACCUGGCUCAGCUACAAAAGCUGGUUGUGGAGGGGCCGGGCCAGGCCACACCCGUUUUCCCAGACCCCGCCUCUGCAGCCUGGGGCGGCUCCUCUGACGAGGGGGGAACGGACAGUGUGCCCCCCCCCAGCCGAACUUCAUCGUCAGGCUGCUACACACUGGACCCAGGAGGCUCAGGAGGGGGGACACCUGGGGGCUCCACAGGUUGGGGCAUGCGUCCCCCAUCUGGAUCUGACUCGCUGCUGUCGCCGACCUCAGCCUCAGUCUCAGGGCUCUCAGGGGCCUCAGGGCAGCGUGAGCUGGGAGGCCUGCGUCUGCCUCCAGAGUGGGGGGAGCUGCCAGGGCUGGUGAACCCACUGGACCCCCGCAAUGCAGCUCGUUUGCGGGUCAAGAUCGCAGACCUGGGCAAUGCCUGCUGGGUGCACAAGCACUUCACGGAGGACAUCCAGACACGGCAGUACCGAGCCCUGGAGGUCCUGAUUGGCGCUGGCUACAGCACCCCCGCUGACAUCUGGAGCACUGCCUGUGUGGCCUUUGAGUUGGCAACAGGCGACUAUCUCUUUGAGCCGCACUCGGGCGAUGACUACAGCCGUGAUGAGGAUCACAUAGCCCAUGUGAUUGAGCUGCUGGGCGAGAUCCCGUGCCACUUUGCCCUCUCUGGGCGCUACAGCCGCGAGUUCUUCACCCGCCGUGCACUGCUGGGGCUGGUCUCCAUGGAAACCAAGGCCUUGCACUGUCAUGGUGUCACUGCUACUGAGGUCUCCAUGGAGAACGGCUACAACCACGCAGGGGAACUGCGGCACAUCCAGGGGCUGCGGCCGUGGGGGCUGCGUGAUGUCCUGCUGGAGAAGUAUGAGUGGCCACUGGAGCAGGCGGCUGCCUUUGCCUGCUUCCUCCUGCCCAUGCUGGCCCCUGAGCCUGCCCGGCGCCCUACUGCUGCCCAGUGCCUUGCCCACCCCUGGCUCCACCCCUAACAGCUGCCUAGGACCCUGAUGUCCAGGCAAGAUGGACCCAGGCAGCGGAGAGAAGAGAGCCCAGGCCAUUGGAGUAGAGUGUAGCUGUCCUAGGAACCCAGGCAUCUGGGUGAGGAGGGGCCCAGGGUGAGGAGGGGCCCAGGGCUUCUAAGCAUCCAGAAGCAGAGAAGAGGACCUAGGUAUCCACAACCCAACCACAGCUGCCCCGUACCUUUCCCCUCCCUGAGGCCUGGGUCCACUGAGACAGGGCUGGGCAAGAACCCAGGCUCCUAAAGACAAGGCAUCCAGGACCCAUCUAGUACCACCCAGUGCCUUGCCCCCCCAGGUCUUCUCCUAGUACCUGGGGAAUCCAGGCAUCAGGGAUCGAGUUGCAGCUCACUGUUUCUGUCCAGAGCUGGCUCCACCCCUAGGAACCCAGGUGCCUGGGGCUGUGCCCCACUCCUGCCUCAGGAACCUGGCAUCCAACUCAGGAAAGGACCAUCUUCCAACCCCAUCCUUCAUUCCUUUAGGACACAGGCAUCGAGACUGUCCUGGCCCUUAAACUCCUGGGUUCCCUGAGGUACAGUGAGACAAUCGCCCUCCUCCCCCCAGUCACCAUCUGCCUCAGAGACUCAGGCCAUUAGCUUCCAUUGGUACAGAAGGAACCCAGGCAUUUGGCCAUUUCUCCUCCCUGUCCCAAGCACCAGGGACCCAGGUAUCUGGGCUGUCCCCAGAGGGAGAGAAAGGCGGUAGUCUGUCACGCGUGUGUGUGUAAGCAUGUCUGCAUGUCACAGGAGUAAAAACCUUUGGCAGGA